CACCACACCCAGUCCUCUGCCAAAAAAAAGUUGUCGCCCCAGGCCCAUUUCGCGUUGACUGACCAGAGUCCGCGAAUUUCUUCGACUAAAAUAAGCAAAUUUUUCAAUAUUUUGACUCAAAGAAACUAAAAGAAAUUGACCUUGCCACAAGAUGUCAAACAAUGAGAAGUUCAACUUUGAGUUGGGGCCAAUCACCUGCCAUGCUUGGAACAAGGAUCGCACCCAAAUUGCCAUCUCACCUAACAGCCAUGAAGUGCACAUCUACGCCAAGAAGGGGUCCAACUAUGAGAAGCUCUACACCUUGAGUGAGCACUCCCAACGUGUGACAAGCAUCGACUGGGCCGCAAACAGCAACCGCAUAGUUACCUGCGGCACGGAUCGUAAUGCCUAUGUGUGGACACUCAACGGCAGUGGUGGAUGGAAACCGACCCUCGUGAUCCUGCGUAUCAACCGCGCUGCCACCUGCGUUAAGUGGUCACCUCUGGAGAACAAGUUUGCAGUUGGCAGUGGAGCUCGUCUGAUUUCUGUUUGCUACUUUGAGCAGGAAAAUGACUGGUGGGUGAGUAAGCACAUCAAGAAGCCGAUCCGUUCCACCGUGACCAGCCUGGACUGGCAUCCCAAUAACUACCUACUGGCUGCUGGAUCUGCUGACUUCAAAGCAAGGGUAUUUUCAGCUUACAUCAAGGAGAUUGAAGACAAGCCUGAAGCCAACUCCUGGGGCAAGAAGAUGCCGUUUGGCAACUGCAUGCAAGAGUUGAGUGCCGGAGGUUAUGGUGGUUGGGUGCACAGUGUAUCCUUCAACGCCGACGGUACCCGCCUGGCUUGGGUCGGCCACGACAGCACCGUGUCUGUGGUCAAUUCCAUGGCUGACUGCCGCACCGGCGUGCUGAGGAGUGGUAAUCUGCCGUUCUUGACCUGCGAGUGGGCGGGGCAUCACUCCCUCGUUGUUGCUGGCCAUGACUGUGAGUUGAUCCUGUUCAACGUUGAUGACUCGGACAAGGUUACCUUCGUGGGCAGGCUGGGAGUGGUGAAGAAGAAGGAAUCUGGUAACCUCAGUGCCAUGGCCAAGUUUCAGCAACUGGACAAGAAGGCAACCACAGACCAAGAUACAGCCAGGAGCUCUGUCCACCAGAACUCCAUCACUCAAAUCUCCAUCCACACUGGUGGCAAAGAGAACAUCUCCAAGCUGACUUCUACUGGCGUGGAUGGUCAGGUGGUCAUCUGGAACUACAAAUCCCUGGAGUCCGCUGUGGCUGGCAUGCGUGUGUAGAAAUAUCACACCCCGAACCAGGCAUUGGAGUACAUGUAUACCCUGAUGGGGAUAUACCCAGAGUGGAAUGUACCCUGAUGGGGAUAUACCCUGAUGGUGUUACACCCUGAUGAGGAUAUUCCCUGCAAGGGUCAUACCCAGAUGGGAAUAUCCCCUGAUGAGGAUAUACCCUGAAGUAGAUUAGUAGAUCAACAAUACAUAUAGCGCUAAGAAGAUAUACAAUUAAUGGAAAAUAUUAGACCUAUCCCAGUUAAAAAUUAUACCACAUUUACAUGAUAAUUCUUAGAAGAGUGUAAAGAUGUACAUGUAAAGAUAUACAUGUAACUCAUUAUAGAGCAUGUCGAGUUAAAAUGGGGGGAUUUGAAAGUUUGAUUUUUAAUCUUAAUAAGUUAUUGUUUUCUUUCGAGGGAAUAUUUCCAGAGAACAUAAAGUUAUUUAAAAGUAUUUUGUUAUUUUGGUUUUCUUUUUAGAAUUGGUGGUUUUUAUAUACAUUCCAUAUUUCACUUUGAAAUGCACAAACACACAAUUGGUUUAAGUUGUGAUGAUGCUGUAGGAAAACUUUGAACGAGACUUGAUUUUUCAUUUUUAAAAGAAGGUAAAGGUUGAAGUGUGAGGACUGUACACAUUAAAAAAAAUUAUGGCCUUUAAUUUGUCACUUUGAAGGAGAAAUCUUCACUUAAAUAAUAGUCCCAUUUUGGUGCAGGAAAAUUUGUAAUAAAUGAUUUCAGGUUGGCUGUGCAACAUGUCGAGGUUCCUA